AAAUCCGACAGUCGCCACGGAAACGACGAGACCGAUGCGCGGUGAUGUACUAAAGGCAACCCCAAGGACCCGAGAGCAAUCUUUCGCGUAGAGUGGCAGCAAGGUCGAUGAGUGAGCGAUGGUGGGCCCCAUAAUCUGCCCGUGAAUCCGUAACCUUAGCGGACCCAAAAUAAAGAUAAAAGAAGACUGAAUGUUUUGCAUCGAAUAUGGAUUAUGAUGGACAGCUUCAAGAGACCAUUUGUAAAAUCUAUUCACUUCAAGGAUUUUGCCUAAGGAUCUAAAUACAGCGGAGGUUUCUGAAACUGGCAGAGAAUAUUUACAAAGAAGAAAGUGAGACAUUGCACUUAGAAUCACAAGUACUUGAAAUCAUUAUUUUUCUGUUUGGUUCAAAAUAUAGUUUCUGAUUUUUGAAUUCGGCUCGAUUUUCAACAAUGACUUCAAACCAGAGAAUUUUGAUGUUUUUUGGAUUUUUUUGACACAUUUCUCCAGUAUAUCAAUUAUCACUUCUCUCAAUAUGAACAACCAUUUUGCAUUACUUUGUCAGGUAUGCAUUCUCAAGUGUUUAUGACCAACCAAGAAACAUAUUACCAACUAAUGGAUUAAACCAAUUUUUUUUUAAGUUUCGCAAUUCUUUGGAAAUUGCUCUCAGACUUGGAUUUUUACUCUUCACAAUAUAUUUUUGUUCACCAUGUGGAGAACCGGAGUAUGGACACUAUUGGCGGCCGUGAGUUGUUUAUGCUGCCUAAGACUUUGCUGGGGUCAAACCACAAGGACUAGUCCCGCAACUUCAACCAAACCAGGGGAUCGGGUCAAAAGAGGAUGGGUCUGGAAUCAGUUCUUCGUAGUGGAGGAAUACACCGGCACGGAGCCACUGUAUGUCGGAAAGAUCCACACCGACUCAGACGAAGGCGAGGGCAACAUCAAGUACACCAUCUCGGGUGAAGGGGCCGGUACCAUCUUCAUCAUUGACGAGCUGACCGGAGACAUCCACGCCACGGCCCGGCUGGACAGGGAGGAGAAGGCUUUCUACACCCUCCGAGCGCAGGCAAGGGACAGGCUCUCCAACGACCCUCUGGAGCCCGAGUCCGAGUUCGUCAUCAAAGUGCAGGACAUCAACGACAGCGAGCCCAAGUUCCUGGAGGGACCCUACAUCACCAGCGUGGCAGAGCUGUCGCCUAUCGGCACAUCUAUAAUGAAAGUGACGGCCAUAGACGCAGAUGACCCCACCUACGGUAGCAGUGCCCGAGUGGUCUACAGCGUCCUGGACGGAGAGAGGUUUUUCACUGUGGAGAAACACACAGGAAUCAUCAUGACGGCUGUGGCAGAUUUGGACCGUGAAACUCAAGAUCGCUAUGAGCUGGUCGUCAAGGCAACAGACAUGGCAGGACAACUGGGCGGGCUCUCUGGCUCCACCACGGUGACCAUAGUGAUCACUGACGUUAAUGACAACCCUCCACGCUUUCCUCAGAAGAUGUACCAGUUCACAGUAUCGGAGGGCGCUGCCGUGGGAACUCCGGUUGGACAAGUGGUGGCUACGGACGCGGACAUGGGCGAAAACACGGACAUGACCUAUCUGAUCAAAGAGGGCGGAGAUCUCUUCAAGGUGACCACCAACGUAGAGACGCAGGAAGCCGUGGUCUCUAUCAAGAAGCCUCUGGACUUCGAGACCAAGCGCACACACAAUGUAGUGGUGGAGGCGGUGAACAAGCACGUGGACCCUCGCUUCGUAGACCUGGGCUCAUUCAGGGACCAGACCAUAGUGCGAGUGAGCGUGACGGACAUCGACGAGCCGCCCGUGUUUCAGCCAGCAGAGGGCACUGUGCUGGAGGUGCAGGAGGACGCCAAAGUGGGGGCGCUGGUGGGUGUGGUCAGCGCGCGGGACCCAGAUGUGGUGAACAAGCCUGUCAGGUUUUCCAUUGAUCGGACCACAGACCAGGAGAUGAUUUUUCACAUAGAUCCGGACACGGGUGCCCUCACACUGGGCAAGAUCCUGGAUCGGGAGACCGCUGGCUGGCAUAACAUCACAGUCAAAGCAGUGGAAGCAGAGAACCAUGCCAUGGCGUCCCACACGUCGGUGAGCAUUCGGAUACUUGAUGUCAAUGACAAUCCUCCUGAACUGGCUUUACCGUACGAAGCCUCCAUAUGUGAAGACGCCAAGCCCGGACAGUUGAUCCACACUAUCAGCGUGGUGGACAGGGACGAGCCGCAGACGGGACACCGCUUCUACUUCACUCUGGCUCCAGAGGUCUCCGACAACCGCCACUUUACUCUGUGGGAUGUUAAAGAUAACACAGCUGGGAUCCGGACGCAGCGCUCAGGCUUCAACCGUCACGAGCAGAACGUGUACUUACUGCCCAUCCUGGUGGUGGACUCCGGACCGCCCUCGCUCAGCUCCACGGGAACGCUGACCAUCCACGUGUGCGGCUGUGACCCAGAGGGAGCCAUCCAGUCGUGCAAUGCCACAGCGUACGUGAUGAGUGCCGCGCUCAGCCCGGGGGCCCUGAUCGCUCUCCUGGUGUGCAUACUCAUCCUCAUAGUGCUGGUGCUGCUCAUCUUGACUCUGAAGCGUCACCGGAAAGGCCAGCGCAUGACUGAGGAAGAAGAGGACAUGCGCGACAACGUCAUCAAGUACAACGACGAAGGCGGCGGCGAGCAGGACACCCAAGCCUACGACAUGAGCGCCCUACGCAACCUCUACGACUUCCCCGAGUCCAAGGGCUCCGAGCCGGGCCCCGACAUCCGAUCUUUACCCCAGUGGAUCCAGACCAACCGGCACAACGGAACCACGCUACGAACGGGGACGGAGGCGAACGCGGUGGCCAGUCUGGGUGUGGAGGCGGUCGCGGCAGAUUUCUCGCUCUUCAAAGGUUACAUCAAGAAGAAGGUGGAGCAAGCCGACGCGGAUCUGUCGGUCCCGCCCUACGAUUCGUUUCAGACCUACGCGUUCGAAGGCUCCAGUUCGCCGGCUCUGUCCCUAAGCUCCAUCCACACACUGUCCACUACGUCGGAGCAGGAUUUUUCCUACCUUAGUGACUGGGGGCCAAGGUUCAGGCAGUUGGCCGGGUAUUAUGCUCCCGGAAAUCUUGAGGAAGAGGGGUCCUAGCACAGUAGACCAGGAUAGACUUUUCAAAACUGCUCUCCCUAUCCCAACUUUCUGGACAUAUCAGAGCCAGCGCUGUGUUCUUUACUAAGAUGAGAUCCACUCUGUAUCCUCUUGCUAUAACCGAGUCACUGAGGCAAAGUGUUGGACAUUUGGAAAACUGACUUUUGUUUGAAGUGCUAACAGGCUAGUGCAGCUACAUCAGUGGUAAUGGAAGCUACAUCAGUGGUAACGGAGUGGCAAAUCUACUCGUUCCCAAAGUGUAAAAUACUGCUAUUGAUUACUGGUCAUUUAUACAAAUACUAAUUACCUUAUAAUAUGAAUUGCCUUUUUUUCUAAAUAGAAGUGAUGAUUUUGUUAAUAGGCUCCAGGAUGAAUGAGGAAAUACACUGACUUGUUAAUGGGAUGUUUGUGCAAAUGGUGUCAAAACCAGCUAAAGGCACAAUAGUGGCAUAUUCAGUAAGUAGGCAAGUGUUUUGGCCAGAAGGUCACUGGGUCAAAUCCCCCUAAAUUUGUAUGUGAGAGGGGUGGGACGAGACACAGUUUCCACGAGAUAAGACAACAUGAGAUUGGAUUCAGGAGGACAAGACAAAAUGACAUAAUUGAUAAUAAAUAAAUUGUGCAAUCUGAUUCACAAGUAUGGCCUAUUUACGCUGGCAGUGUCUAUUUGGAACUACAGCUUCUCCAGAGGUGUAACUAGCUAGCACUCAACACCUUUAUGUCCUAUCCACAUGUAAACAAACAAGACAAUUAUCUCACAAUUUUCCUCAUGUCUGCACAAUCUCUGGCCAAUUUUAUCCUGUGAAAUGUUGUGGCACAAGAUCUUGUUCCAUUCUUAGUAUGCGGUUGUUAUCUCUGAAGGUGAGACAUUUUAUCCACAUCAUCCAUUCCUGGAAGGAGUAACAAGAGGAUGAUGUGUUCCGUGUUUUCUGUGACAAAACCGAAAGCAGCCAUAUAAAACGUUAUUUUGUUAUUUGGCUUAUUUCAUUCAUUUAUAUGUCAUUAUGU